UUAAUAAUAAAUUAAAUUAUAUCGAUUAUUAUUAAAAUAAAGUGGUAAAAGCGGCGGGAUUUUAUAACACUACUUCUUGUCUUCUGUACGGUCAGAGAAUACGCUCACCGCCCUGAUGAUCUUACCGCUGCUCCUCCGCCGAUUCCUCCUCACUCUCCUCCUCUUCCCCCUCCUCGCCGGCGCAGAAACAAACCUUAACUCGGACCGCGCCGCACUCCUCACUCUCCGCAACACCGUCGGACGCACUGCGCUGCAAUGGAACGAGACCAACUCCCCAUGCACUUGGCACGGUGUUGGCUGCCUCCACAACCGUGUCGUCUUCCUCCGCCUACCCGCCGUCGGGCUCUUUGGAGCGAUCCCCGUCGGAACCCUUGGAAAUCUCACCGCCCUCCGAAGCCUAAGCCUCCGCUUCAACAAUCUCUCCGGCGGCCUUCCGCCGGACCUCAACGGCGCUGCGCAACUCCGCAAUAUAUAUCUCCAGCAAAACCGGUUCUCCGGCGAUAUACCUCCAGUGCUCUUCUCGCUGCAGAAGCUCAUUCGUCUCAACCUCGCCGGGAAUGGCUUCACCGGUGGGAUUUCGCCGGAGUUCAACAAUCUCUCCCGACUGGAGACGCUGUACCUUGAGAGGAAUCAGCUCAGUGGCGGAAUCCCCGAUCUUAAUCUACCGAAACUGGAGCAGUUCAAUGUCUCCUAUAACCGUCUGAAUGGCUCCGUGCCUUCUAAGCUUUGGAAGAUGCCGUCGAGUGCUUUUAAGGGAACCUCGCUCUGCGGUGGUCCGCUACCUCAAUGUCCCAACGGGAUCUCACCGAUGACAGUUCCGGAGGUCGCGGGAGGUGGAGGGGGGAGUAAGCUGUCCGGCGGCGCCAUCUCCGGAAUCGUGGUUGGUUCGACGGCGUUGAUAGUUAUAGUACUGAUUCUUUUUGUGUUCUUGCGCCGCGGGAGUAAGGCUAGGGCACACGAGGCGGCGGCCAUGGUUGCAAAACGGCCGGAGGCGGUGUUAAAGAAACCGGAGAUGGGGAAGAGAUUGAUGUUUUUGGGGAAUGUGGGAGCGCCAGAGUUUGAUUUGGAGGAUUUGCUGCGGGCUUCAGCGGAGGUAUUGGGGAAGGGGACGUUUGGGACGGUGUACAAGGCGGAGUUGGAGGCCGGGACGGUGGUGGUGGUGAAGAGGCUGAGGGAGGUGAUAUUGGCGGAGGAGGAAUUCAGGGAGAAGAUUGAAGCAGUGGGUUCCAUGAACCAUGAGAAUAUUGUGCCAUUUAGGGCUUAUUACUACAGCCAGAAUGAGAAGCUGCUGGUGUAUGAUUACAUGCCGAUGGGGAGUAUUUCUGCUCUUUUGCACGGAAACAGAAGAUCAGGAAGAACCUCUCUAAACUGGGAGACAAGAAUCUCCAUUGCUCUGUCUGCCGCCCGUGGCAUCGGCUAUAUCCAUUCGACGAGCCCUACAACUUCCCAUGGCAACAUCAGGUCGUCAAACAUCUUUUUUAACAAAUCCCAUACUGCUUGUGUGUCCGACAACGGGCUUGCAGCUCUCGUCAACCCUAGCAGCUCUUCAAUCCUUGUCUCUGGUUAUCGAGCUCCAGAACUCACCAACUUCCGCAAGAUCUCUCAGAAGGCCGAUGUUUACAGCUUUGGUGUCCUCCUGCUGGAACUGCUCACCGGAAAGUCGCCUGAGGAGGGCGCCAACCUCCCUCAAUUGGUGCAAGCAGCGCUUCGGGAGGAAUGGUCGACCGAUGUUCUUGAUCUGGAGUUGCUUAGGCAACAGAAUGUGGAAGAGAUGGUUCAGCUAUUGCAGGUUGCUGUAAACUGUACGGUUCAGUGUCCGGAUAGCCGGCCAUCGAUGCCGGAGGUGGUGGCGCAGAUUGAAGUGAUCAGUUCUUCAAGUAGAGAUGCUGUAGAAGUCCAAGCACAGUAGCAGCAGGAGGAGGAGGAGGAGGAGGUUGUGCUACAGAGCAUUGAAAAGCCUAUGGUGCAGAAUCUUGAAUCUUGUUAAUGGAAGAUAUUAGUUAGCUGGAAUUGGAUUAUCUACAGUUACUAUGAUA